CCAGCAGCUGAUCGGUAAUCCAGAAGAAGUAUCCCCUCAGUUAGGGGGGAGCUCCACUUUGAAGCAGGAGACUCCACAACCACCCUGCAUUAAAAAGGAAGAGGAGGAACUCUGCAUCACUCAGGAGGGAGAGUGUCUUCUAGGACGAGAGGAAGCUGAUUACACCAAGUUUCCACUGAGUAUUCUCUCUGUGAAGACUGAAGAUGAUGAAGAGAAACCACAAGCAGACAACCUCUUAGCUCCACUAUCAGAUAGUGAGGCUGAAGACGAGGUUGAAGAACCUUUGAGCAGCGAUAAAGACUGUGAAGGUGAUAUGAGGACUCACACUGACAACAAACACUCUGAAUGCUCUACAAAGAAGAGAGGUAAAACAUGUUUGAGCUGCUCAGUUUGUCCUGAAAGUUUUACUAAAAAGAGCCAAUUGACUCGGCACAUGAGAACACACACAGGAGAAAAACCAUUUAAGUGUUCAGUUUGUAGCAAAGGUUUUUCUCAAAAUAGCAUUUUGACUCGACACAUGAGAACACACACAGGUGAAAAACCAUUUAAGUGUUCAGUUUGUGGCAACAUUUUUUCUCAAAAUAGCAAUUUGACUAAACACAUGACAACACACACAGGCGAAAAACCAUUUAAAUGUUCAGUUUGUGGCAAAAGCUUUUCUCAAAAUAGCCGUUUGACUGGACACAUGAGAACACACACAGGAGAAAAAACAUUUAACUGUUCAGUUUGUGGCAAAAUAUUUUCUGUUAAGAAUAAUUUGAUUAAACACAUGAGAAGACACAUAGGAGAAAAAACAUUUAGUUGUUCAGUUUGUGGCAAAAGCUUUUCUCGAAAUGGCUUGUUGACUCAACACACGAGAACACACACGGGUGAAAAACCAUUUAAUUGUUCAGUUUGUGGCAAAAACUUUCCUCAAAAUAGCCAUUUGACUCGACACAUGAGAACACACACCGGUGAAAAACCAUUUAGUUGUUCAGUUUGUGGCGAUAGCUUUUCUCAAAAUACCGCUUUGACUCACCACAUGAGAACACACACAGGUGAAAAACCAUUUAACUGUUCGAUUUGUGGUAAAAAUUAUUCUUUACAGAGCACUUUGACUCAACACAUGAGAACACACACAGGUGAAAAACCAUUCAAUUGUUCAGUUUGUGGCGAAAGCUUUUCUCACAAAUACUCUUUGAGUCACCACAUCAGAACACACACAGGUGAAAAACCAUUUAAUUGUUCAGUUUGUGGCAAAAGCUUUUCUUUUAAGAGAUAUUUGACUAAACACAUGAGAACACACACAGGUUAAAAAAAUCAUUAAGUUGUUCAGUUUGCUGCCUAAGCUUUUCUCAAAAUAGUUUGUUGACUAAACACAUGAGAACACACACAGGUGAAAAACCAUUUAAUUGUUCAGUUUGUGGGGAAAGCUUUUUUCGCAAUAACUCUUUGACUCCCCACAUGAGAACACGUGGUGUGUUCAGUUUGUGGCACAAAAUUUUCUGUUAAGAGAAAUUUUACUGAACACAUGAGAACACACACAGGUGAAAAACCAUUUAGUUGUUCAGUGUGCUGUAAAAGGUUCACACAUAAUUCAGACGCAGUAAAACACACAAGAACACACACGGGAAAAUAACCAAUUAGUUGUUUAGUUUGUGGUAUGUUGCUCAUAUGUGGUGACAUCCACCCUACCCAGGACCUCCU